CGGUACCCUUAAAAGUACCAAGUUCGGUACCCAACCCUACUGGGGACCCAUGAGUGCUCCUCUGUGCCAUAACCUUCCCAAUUGACCAGAUACUAUACUAUACAAUACACAUACUACAACCAUCCACUACAGUGCUGGGAGUUCAGGAUCUCUCUCACUCUGUACAUGGCUCCGUCUUCCAGGGUUAGCUGGGCCAGGCUCUGUGGAGACAGAAACAGGUGGAUGAUAUGGUUUAUGGAGUGACACAUGGAAUGUUGAAUGGAUUCUGUAGUGUGCAGGAAGGUGCAGUUGAUAAGCGACUGGGUAGAUCUGUCAGGUGAUGGUGAAGGGGCCAAUGUAUCUGGAAAUAAGCUUCUUGCAUGGCACUCACAUCCUAAUGUCUUUGGUGGACAGCCAAACCUGUCCAGGCUGGAAAGUUGGAGUUCUGUCCAUUGGAUGUCCGCCUGGAUCCAUUGGUGGUGCACUGCCACUGUGAGUGAAUGUCCCAUUCCCUUUCGGUCUCUCAGAACCACAAGUCAACAGAUGGGACAAGUGAUGGUUUCCCAGACCACUGGAACAAAGGAGGCUAGUAACCGAGCAUGCACCGUAAGAGAGUGAGUCCAAUGGCAGACUGAUAAAGGGAACUGGAGCCUAGGAACUGGUUCCAAGAGUUCUGGUAGCCAUGGCAGAAGGUUCGUAGGAUAGGUCCAGUCUCCUGGAUCUCUCUCCCCAUCUGCCCAUUCGAUUGGGGAUGGUAUUCAGAUGAGAGGCUCAGUGUCACACCUAGGAGGGUGAAGAAAGCUUUCCAUACCUUUGCAAUAAACUGGGGACCCCAGUCUGAUACUAUCUCUUUAGGAAUCCAGAAAACAUGAAAGACACGAUUGAAGACGAGUUCUGCAGUUUGCAUUGCAGUGGGAAUCUGUUUGAGAGGAAGCAGAUCACAUGAUUUAUAAAGUCGAUCAAUGACAACAAGAAUGCAUGUGUUACCAUCAGAGGAGGCCAGGUCUUUGAUGAAGUCCACUCCUAGGUGUGACCACGGGCGAUUGUGAAUGGCAGCAGAUGGAGCUUGCCUGUUGGUAGAUGGCUUGGGCUCUUUGAGAUGGCACAGUCAGAGCAGCCUUGAAAGAACCUUCUCACGUCCCUGGCCAUGUGGAGCAGAUGAUAGGAAGGAUACACACACCUCUUUGCAAUUGGAGGAGCAGGUGUUCGUCUGUGGGUUGAAGUACUUUGAGGAAGACUAUGAGUUUGAUGAGGAGGUGGAGGUUGAGGCGCCGCUGAGGCUGAUUGAAGAGAAUGUGAGUUUUUUCGAAGACGAUGAAGUGGAGCUCAUCAAAGUAGCAGUCCCUGAGUUCGCAGACGGCGAUCCAGCUGGCAUCCUGCAUGACUUCACCAUGAAACUGACUGCUUACCUCGACCUGAAUCUGGACAAAUGCUACAUCAUCAACCUGAACACAUCUAUUGUCAUGCCGCCCAGAGAUUUCCAGGAGUUCCUGGUCAACAUCAAGGCAGGAAUGUAUCUUCCUCAGACAUACCUUGUGCGAGAGGAGAUGAUGAUUACAGAGAGGCUGGACAGCACCAGUGAUCUGGGCUAUUACAUCAAUAAACUGUGCAAAGACAAAGACACGUACAGACUGCAGCGCAGAGAAACCAUACUGGGUAUGCAGAAGCGUGAGGCUCUGAACUGCCAUACGAUCCGCCAUUUUGAAAACAAGUUUGUUGUGGAGACUUUGAUCUGCGAGCCAUGAAGAACAUGAACCCAUGAUCUACAGCUCUUCCUUUCAUUCAGUGAAAAUAAUUUCUUUUGUGCCUGCUUGUUUUUUCAUAGGCCUUUUUUUCACAUAUAUUUUUUUUAAAUCUAGAAUGUGAAAUUGUUUUUUUUCUGCACAAAGAGGUAUAUUAUAUUUGAGUGUACAUGUAAUGAGUGUCUUAUGCUAUUUUAUGAAUAUUAGGCCUAAUAAAGGGACAUAUUGUGCACAAGAACAAAAAGGGAUUAACAAUGAUUUUAGCCUAUAUAGAAGCCCAAUCAGUUUAGACAGCAAGUAAUUUAAUAAUUAAGAGUUUAUUCCAUGAGCUUGCUGAAAAAGUAUGAUUUUUUUUGUCUUUAAAAAGUGUUUCUGUUGUAUUCAACAUUUGCAACAUCUACUGUAUUUCAAUUUGAUCCUGUUCAAAGGUUUCAGCAAAUUAGUGUAUAAUCUGGAUCACAAUGUUGCAGCGUCACAAUUUGAAGUAUUCUUGAAUUUGCGUUUAAUUUGUAGAUCUAUUUCGAAUUACCAUACAAACAGAACACUUCCUUUAAAAUGUUCCUAUCUGAAAUGACUUUUUGUUCUUUGCUAAUUUGUAUAUAAGCUAAACACUCUUCUGUCUUUAGGCACAAGCUCCAUAUA